AUCCCUUUUCGGGGGGGGAGGAGUCGGAAUCGGCCUCUUGCUCCCGCGAGAUCCCCCCCUCUUGUCUUUGUCUUUGUUCCGAUGACGUUCCCCCGUUCUGCACACGCGGAUUUUCGGACGCCGUUUUUCACGCCGGAGAUAACGCGUCGCUUCUCGCGGCCGAGCCGAAAGAGCCGCUUCGCCGCGUUUCCGCCAGGAGAAUCCGGACGAGAAUGGGAUUCGACUCGAGGAAAUACGGAGCAGAAACGAAAACUUCGUCAUUUCUCUCGUUAAUUACGGCGUCCAAGAAUAACUCGCGGACAAGAGUUAUCCCGUUGGCUUCCUUCGAGUCGGUUUUAUGUUAGCAGUGGUGUCUUUGUUGAAGAGACGAUUUUUAUACUUUUAUCUUGCGGUUUUUUUAUUUUUUCAUCGGUGCGCUUUGUUCAAUUAUUAAGUGACGUACGGAACAUUGAGAAACAUUUAAAAGGCAGUUUGUUCUUCGUUGAGCUUCAACCAUGGAAUCUGGAAGUAAUAUAUCUAACCCGUGCAAUUAUCCCGGAGGAGAUCGCCAACAAUUUUGCGUCUCUUGGAAUUCUCAUCAGUCGAAUAUGCACAGUGCAUUUCCAAAAUUGCUUAGCUCAGAGCAAUUUGUCGAUGUUACUCUGGCAUGUGACGGAGGCUCGAUAAAAUGUCACAAAGUUGUAUUAUCCGCCUGUAGUGAUUAUUUGGAGCGCCUGCUAUUGGAGAUACCAUGUACUCAUCCUGUCAUCUUUCUGAGAGACAUGAAAAUGUGGGAGCUUCAAGCACUGGUCGAGUUUAUGUAUCGUGGAGAGGUAUAUGUCGAGCAACAGCAACUCGCUACAUUGAUGCAAGCAGCAGAAGUUUUACAGGUCCGUGGCUUAUCCACUCAGGGAUGCGAUAACUCAGUGAGUGAGAUGAACACACAAUCGUGUGAUUCUAAUGCACCUGUUACUCCGUCGACUCCUACUCAUGGUGACAGUAACAAUUACAAUAAAGCAGAAACUUCAUCUAACGAUGGAAGCACCUCUGAUUUCCUGUCAUGUACGCCGAUGACGAAUACAGGAAACAAUUCGUCCACCAUCACUCCCGUCUCACAGAAUCCUAACUCCUCCAACUUCGUAAAUAUGGAACAUAGUGAAGCGCUACAACAUUUAGAAAAAGCUUUAAGCGCUUGCGAGGCGACUCUUACCGAGACCACGGGUAUGGUAAAAAUGGAGCCCGAUGAACAAUUUUCUCAACAACAGGAGAAACCAUAUUCCAUUAGUAUGGUACCCAGUAGUAAUUGUAAUCCUAGCAGCCCAUUUCCCGCAAUCGAAGGUUAUCAAAGACGACAAAGACGCUCGGAAGAGGAACUCAAGCAAGCUUCGGACAUGGUGGCACGUGGCAUGACAUUUCAAGUAGCCUCGGAAAAGUACAAGAUACCGAUCAGCACAAUUCGAUUCUACAUGGUCAGAAAGGGCAUUCUACAGAGGCGAAAACGUGGACGCGGCUCCAGCAAUCUCGGCAUGAACAGUCAACCGGGUAGUCCGGCCAGUCCGCCGUAUCAUAUGAUGAAUUAUCGUUUACCGGAGAGCCUGAAUUCCAGCCUACCGUAGUGCUGUACAAAGAAAUAGUGAGUUUUUUUUUUAAAUUAUGAAAUUUUUGAGUGGGAUUUUUUAUCGCCGCAUCCUAGAGCUGUUCCAAACCGGUCGGUUUUUAUAUUUUUAUCUUCUUUACACUGAGUUUGUAUUUUAUAAUUUCCUUUUUAUUUUUUGUUUUUUUUCCUUUUUAUUUUCAGUUUACACUUCAUUAACUCAUUCGCACUCGUAGCGUCGCGUUUGUACGCCAACUUAUAAGACUACCAUAUUUACAGUAUAUGUAUUUGUGCAUUUAUACCGACGUGAUACCCAUUCUGCAGAUAUAAUUUAUGUUUUGGACAGCUCCGCACCCUGUAUAUAUGAAAAAGAAACAAGAUACCAUAUGUAACAGUUCGGACACAGCAUUAAGUUAUGAAACUUGCAGGCGAUUGUCUUACAUCGUGUUUACGUUGGAUUCAGUGUCCUUAGGAAGACUGCCGAAAUACCCAGCUUUUUCUUUAAGUACAAAGAUAUAUUAUCUUAGAGAUAUAUUAAACUACGAUUAUAUACUUAGUGUAUUAUAUUAUAAUAACUUGUCGAAAAAUUAAUGGCCGAUUAUGUGCGAUACGUGAUUUGUCAUUAUUGCCUGUAAAUAGAUUUAUCGAAUUCGUGCCGUCAGGAGUAUGUUCCAAAAUACAACUUGAUUAUUGAAAAUCUAUAAUACGCGUGACAUAAAUUGUAGAGUUUUCGUAAUCAAGAUUGAGUUCUGGAACCUCAGCAAAGUGAUGGUCCAAUGAAAUCAAAGGGCGCGAUUAUUGAUAUAUAGAAAUGCACUAAAUCACAACUAAAGGGCUUAACAUAGGGCUUUGUAGAUAGAUUAGUUCAAAAUGAUCGUUUAUCAAAACAAAGCAAAUAAACGACUAAUUUGUUUCUCGAUUCUACCAUUUGGUACAUUUUUUUUUUUUUUUUUAAUAUGGAAAGUUUUUUUUUGUUGUAACGAAAGAACCAAAGAAAUUUGAUGCGGAAUUUGACAAUAUAUUCUCGAAAAAUAUAUUCAAUUCUCGAACAAUAUAUUCAAUAUAUCUUUCGAAAAAUUCCAAUGGAAAAAGAAAAAAGUAACUUUUAUAGUAUGAUAUUUAUAUUAAUAUCUUCGAUUUCUUUAAUACCUACGAUAUUUUCUAACAUCCUUAAUUCAUUCGAUUAUGUGGAAAGUAUCCUAAUUUUUUUUCUUUAUUCUUCAGGAUAUUUUUUCGUAACAUGAAUUUCUAUUGCAUUUACUGAAAGUCGGAAAUUGUAAAUCACGAAUCGCACAUAGUAUAGCACUAACUUUAAAUAAGUAAUCUAUUUUGAAGUUUUCCCGGAUUUUUCUUGAAAAUUCUAUUCUGUGUUGCAUAAUAAAAAGCCAAGAAAAAGGAAGUAAAAUAAAUUCAUAAUUUAUACAAUACUUUCUUGUUUUAUUAAAAAUUAAUAAUUAAUGAUAAAAAUCAGGCUUGAUUUUUGCAAAGCAAUAUGAAAAAUGUAAAAGCCAAAUAUGAUGGUAUAGUGUAAUAAAUAUAAUUUAUUCGAAAUUAUAUUAAAAAAAUAUUCAUUUUAUUAGUGCAUUUCGACUAUUCAGUUUUUUCAUAACUGAAAAAUUAUAUAUAUUACAUCCUCGUAUGCUCGUUAUUUAUAAUCUUUAGAAAAAUAAAAUUGUAUGAGAACCGUUUGGGUUCAGUUUCUAAAAUUUGAAAUGUUCAAAAUGAUAGACAAACACGAAAUUUUUUAUUUUUAUCUAAAAUUUUUCUUAAUAUUACAAAAAUUUUUGUCUUCUUAUUGAUUUUUAAUGUAUUUCAAGAAUCAGAUGAGAAUGAGAAUUAUUCAUUUAUAUUUCAAACUAUGAUUAAUUUUUUCUUGAGAUGUACAUGUUAAAUAAAACGUAUGUAAAAAAACCUUAUCUUGCGAUAAAAACAUUUAAGAAAAUUUUUUGAAAAGAAUUUUUGAGAAAAUAUCUUUUUUGAGGAAAACCUUGAAAAUAGAUUGCCUUUUUAAUGUUUGUUUUUGGGUAAAAUUGCAUUGCGCAAGUACUCCAUCCGCCAUCCAGCGUGAAUUAAUAUCGAAAAUAUUAAUUCCGUACUUAUAAGUGCUUGCGUUGUAACAGUGUUAUACUUGUAAGGAAAAUGACGCUAAAGAUCAAAAUAUUAGAUCGAGUAUUGAACAAACGCGUUUCAAAUCUUAUUAUUUUGAGACUUUUUUAUACGCAGGAUUUGUAUGUAAGCGCUUACCGAAAGACUCACUGAGAAUACGAGAAUACGAUUUGUAUAGGAUAUUCAUAUAUCUCUGAUAAGAAUUCCUUUAUGCUGUGGACGAACACUACGCGUAUGGUCGAUUAUCCGCCGUGUUCCGUUCUUCUACUUAGUGACCGAUGUAGCGUAGCUAUAUGGAUAGUGUGAAAUACGUUUUUGAAUCCUGCAUCAAAUAUCGUUCAUAAUGAGACGGAUUUAUAAAAUAUAGUUCAUAAAAGGAGAAAAGACAAAAAAAGGGGGGGGGGAAAGAGAAAAAGAAGAUUGACUAUGUCAUAUAACAGAUAUUUUUUUAAUGACCUCGAAAUGUUUUGACGAGAAGGCAUUCGUAGCAUAUAAGUUAUUUUUUAUUACAUCAUAUUUAUAUAUGGUUCAGUGAAGCUCAGCUUGCUCUCGUUAAGUUAUCUGUGGCAUCUGUACACAUGUACAUGUAUUUACCGAGUAUUUAUCUUUCUGUAUUUUUUAAAAUAAGUCCGACGGGGAUUAAGAGAUUCUUGAUUACGACACGCUUUGUACUCUGCACCAGAAUGACGCUUAAAGAUCAAAAAAUGUAUACAAUUGUAGAAAGAGGGACUUGUCCAUGAUGAUCGAUUAGUCACUAUGUUUAAGACUGGUAACACGUGGCUAAUAUAACCAGACUUAAAGUCGCAGACACAGCAAUCCUCAAUCUAUUAUACAGAUAUUUUUGUAGGCACUUUGUCGAGGAAGGUUUCUUCUUUCUGCCUUUAUUCUAUAUAUACCUUGAUAACUUAUACAGUAAGAGGAACCGGUAUUUAUUCGAAGUUUACCAUUUAGCUUUGUUGAACAUCACAAGAGAUAAAAAUGAUCAUGACGUAUGUAGUGUAAUGCUUUUUACAUGCAUAGUGUACAAAUAACAGCAUUUGUAAUUGACGAUAAGAAUUACCUGAUGUCUGUAAAAAUCGGCGGAAACACCCUCGUUGUUUUUACGGACACUGGUUCUGCCUUUUCAAAGAAGUUUAAUUGUGACAACUGUGGCGCGCAUACAAUGUAAUUGUACGAUGUAUUGCCUUUGUUAAAUAGCAUUUUGGAUAAAGCCAUAUUUUUCCAUGCAACGCAAUAAUCCAGCAGAAUAAAUUACAGUUAAACUGAGAAGCAGCCUAAAAUAGGAAAGAGUGCCAGAUACAAAACAAAAGUGGAUAUGAACAAUAAUUCAUAGAAGAUAAAGUAAAGUUUAUCUAUCACUUAGAGUAUGUAACUGCCUUUCUCUGGCCUCAUACUGGAUCAUUAAUUUAUUUAUAUUAGACAAUAUACAAGAUACAUGUAAAGGAGAAAAAAAAAACUAAUCUAACUUAGAAGGCUUGUUAGAGCUUUUAUUAAUUGCUGCAGUAAGACUGCUGCCAUCCGACUGAUGAACACAUUCUCAAGAAGCUGAAGUUGAACGUUUAAUCGAAACAUAUGUCACAGAUCUUACAUAAUCGUAUUUAUUCUCAUUUAUCAUUUCUUUAUAUGGUAUCAUUAUGUAUUUAACGAGCUCGAUUGUCUCUGUAUAUUUCACGAUAUCGGGCUAUAUCGUAAAGCAAAAAUAAAAGGAGAGAAAUACGAGUCGUAUAAUUAUGGAUGUUAAUGCGAACUAAAAAACAUGACUUGCAAUUGUUGCCUGUUGUAAUGUCCAAUGACAGUUGAAUUGUAAUGACUUACUCGUACAUAGCAUUCUUUCCUCGCAAGGAAUCGAGUAUCGUGUAAAUCAUUAUUCUAAGAGUACCAGUUGACAAAGGUUUUAUACGGAUCUAUUAAACCAGUAUUUCAAACCAAUGAAAAAUAAUUAGUUUUCUAAUAAUAAUAAUACAAUUUUAUGUGAAUUUAGUACAGUGCUUAAGUCAGUAAUGCUCAGCGUAUCUAACAGAUAUUUUUAGUGGAAAAAUCCGUGUCAUACUCACAUGUAUCAUAAUGUCUUAAAGUAUGUAACUAAACCACAAUCAAAGAAGUGUGAACGAUACUUAACUAUUAUCAUAAUAGCCACUUAUGAUAGCAGUAAAUAGGUAGCCAUUUUGAGGCAGUUUAUAUUAUAUUUAAUUACACCGUGUAUCGCUUUGGUCUCUCCGUUUUUACGAUGGUAUUAUUAUUUGUAGAUAGAAUCAUAACUUUAUCGAUUAGAAUCGAUUGAAGAACCUCGUAUCAUUUAUUUGUAAGUCUUUUUUACAGUUACCGAAUAUCUAAUUGAUUAAAUAGGCAAUGCAAUUAAAAAAAAAAGAAAAGAAAGGAAAGAAAAAAACACACACGUAUAUAUACACAUGUAAUAUGCAGAGAUCUGUCGUGUGAUCAAUGCGAUUGUGGUGGAUGUUUUUGCCGUUUGAUUUUUGUUAACUUUUCGACUAUAUAUAUAUAGAUAUAUAUGUAUGUACGAUUACAUUGAGUUGGCAACAAUAUCACAUGUAUCCGAAUAAGUAGUCUUUUUUAUAUUCUUUGUUUUUAGCUUAAGUUUUUAUUUUUAGUAAUUUGAACAACACGUAAGUGAAUAAAUACAUCUUGCGUUACGACAAUACAGUAAACUUCCCUAUGUAAAAAUUUGUCUUUUAACCAAAGGACAAGAUUUGCGAAGUGUUUCGAUAAGAUCGUUGAAACAGUCCAACAAGAUGGAUCAUUUCGACAAUCCAUCCACAUUGCAAUUUUGUACUACGUCGGGAAGCGUACUCGUAAUAUUUACAUUUAAUAUGUUAGUUGGUUGCAUUAAGUAUGUUUUCCUUAUGAAAACGUGAGUUGCUUACAUAUAGUUGCUUGCCUAUUUACGACGAAAAUUUCGUGCUUCGAAAUGAGUUGUGUAGCAUUAAUAGAUGAUUGGCUUGCAAACAUUGAAUUUUAUAAUUGUAGAGAUCUAUUAGGAUUAUUAUUAUUAUUAGGAAUUUAACGAUAGAUCAGGAUUAUAAUGCCAUAUUACGCCGAAUCGCCGCCGACGCUUUGAUCGUUUUUCCGAAGUACUCGUUAUAAACUCAGUUCCCAUCGCACUACUCGCGCGACUGUCCCGAGCGAUUCAGUAUUAUAUUGUACAUCACGUGCGAGAGCCUUCGACUGCGUCCGUUCAACGGUUUUAGACUCUUAAGCAUUAGUGCCCGUAGAAUAAUCAUCUUAUCGUUAUUAUUAGUCACACACUUAUUAUUACUACACGAAUGUAUAUUUUGUGCUGUUGUAUUUUGAGAGCCUGUAUUCAAACCCACACUGCUGCAAAAGUGAAACCAGAAUCGAAGAGAGGUUCCGAGCGAAGAUCGAACGAUCGCUUCCACUUCUAACUGCACGUAGAAGUGAUGGAAAUUAUGUUGACGUAAAUUUUAAAAUCUACUACUUUGUACGUGUGUGCGCUUGCGCGCGCGCGCGCGUGUGUAUAUACAACUCGUCCACACGCUAAAGCAAAUUCAGUUCAGAAUCAGAUUGUUGAUUCCGUUUGUGUUUAUUCGUUCUCUUCGCUUCGUCGAGAUCGACUUUGUACGCGCCAUCCUCGCUUUCGAGUGCAACAUCACUCGACGACAUCUCGUCGACACCACCCCCGGGAUCGAUCGAUUGUACAAUUAAUUGUCAAUUAAUGCUUGAUUGCAUAUUUUUCACGUUAACGAUAGCUAGUGAGAUCACGCAUUUGGUUCUGUAGCGCGGCAAUACGUUAUACGUUAUGUACAAUCACCGGCAGUGGGACGACGAUGUGUUUCGAUUUAUCAGAGUCAUGUUGUUGUCGUAAGCGCAAUCUUGAUAGGGGUGUAAGAAGCGUGCGGAUUCAGUGUAAUACGGCAAAAUAUGCGCGUGAGGAAAAAAAAA